AGCAUUUCAACUGCCUCGCCCCCAACACCACAACUCGUGUGGUCGUGCAGCCAUUUGGGUCCACUCAUAGCCCACUUGACUAACCUAACCGCAUUCUUCGUUCCUUUAUAAAAACCGAAGCGUCAUCGGUGGCCCCUCUCAAACAAAACAUUACCCUCUCUUUUCCCGCGCGAACCGCACCCGUUCCCAACUCACACAAUGACCAGACAUUCCAACGGUUCGGCACGCGCACAUUCUUCACCUGCCAUACCUCCAGCGGGAACAAUGACUCCAAAGGCGCACAAGAUACGGAGACGCGGUUCCAUUGACGUCGUCGAUGCCAAGGUGGCCGUUGAUCUGGCUACUGCUCAAUCAUACUCUGAGAACGUCUUUCUCUUCGUGCCAAACCUAAUUGGAUACACACGUGUCAUACUCGCAGGGCUCUCCCUGCACUUUAUGAGCUAUCACCCAAGAUACUGUACCCUGUUGUACGGCAUUUCCUGUUUGCUCGAUGCAGUGGACGGUCUCGCUGCGCGGGCGCUGGGCCAGACGUCAAAGUUUGGCGCAGUUUUGGACAUGGUCACAGACCGAUGCACAACAUCAUGUCUCUUGUGUUAUCUCUCCUCUGCAUACCCAAGCUAUGCUAUCUUGUUCCAGUUCCUUAUCGCACUCGACUUUUCGAGUCAUUACAUGCACAUGUACAGCUCUCUUGUGACAGGUUCAAGAAGCCACAAGCUCGUCACGAGUGAUGUCAGCCGAAUCCUGUGGUACUACUAUAACGAUUCUCGAACUCUGUUCUUCAUGUGUGCAGGGAACGAACUAUUCUUCGUCUCACUCUACCUCAUGAAAUGGAUCCAAACGCCCUUCUCAGGCCUCACUCCCAUCACCUUUCGUAUCACACUUCCCCGCGUUCCUACUUUCUCUCACGUGGCCUGCAGUCAUGGCUAUCCUCACCUUCCCGGUCUGCCUUAUCAAAAAUGUGAUCAACGUCGUGCAGUUAUGGAAAGCAAGCAAGAUCCUGGUUGGUGUCGACCUCGCAGAACGUGCAGCGGAACGGGAGAAAGAUUCGAUUGCCAAGCUAGAGAAGAAAGAUUGAUAUCGGUACUUGCCACAUGCGGUUCUGGAUAGAUGAGGGAUGGGGGAGGGCGCAAGAAGCGCAGUUUGAUCUAGACUUCUUAUUGACCGGGGCUAAUAAACGAUGGAAGGUGCGACUUGAUCGAUCGGAGACAUGGAUAGCUCGCAUGCUUCCGCACACCGCUCGUGCUGAAUUUUUGCAGUUGGACAUUUCUAAAGCGACUUCGACAGACAGACUAAGUCUGCCUGGCUGCGCCUUAUACAUACCAUAUUCAUAUCGUCAUAUCGUAGCUAUGCACUCAUGCUGUUUUGCGUUUUAAUGAGGAGACCGACUUACUAGGA